GCGUAAUUCGACAAGAGCAGAGCGGAGUCAGCGCAUGACAGCUGCUCGAGCGAACAGGUUGUUUCCAACCAUCGUCGCCACUUAUUUGCUGAAUUUGUGCUGAGGGUUCAGGGCUGGUGUCUGAUGGCCGCUGCUCUGAGGAAUACUAAUGACUGGGCUGCAGCGGGGCAGCGCGCGCAGUCUCUGCACGCCACACCUCUGGCAGCAGACGGUCGGAGAGGUGAGGAUCACGGACAAGUGCUUUGUGACGGGAGGAGGGAUGCCACCCCGGGAAGCCCACCCGUUCAUGGGUAUGAUCUGGGUAAAUCAGAGAUGGAUGGCCUCUUGUGUCCGCACCCACAGGAUGUUGUAAAUUCCAAACUGCUGUGCAGGGAUGGCAGGCUCAUGCUGGAGCCACCUUUCACUGAACACCUUGCCUCCCCUUACAGUGUCAACAUGAGUUUGUUUCUUCCUGAUGUCAUGCACUUACACCCCGACCUCUGCAGGACUGUGGCACCGAUCAAAACAGAGGCAUUGCGCACCCUGAUGCCCCCCACCUGCCAAGGAAACGAAGUACCAGCAGCUCUUUCAGAAUACUCAGGUGUUUUCAAAGCAGAAGACAAUCCUAGUGGCGGCUUUUCCAUCAAAACAGAAGCUCCUGAUCUUCAGGAAGUUUCCAUGUUUCAUCUUCUGAACACUGACUUGGAGAAGUUUGCUUGUGGAUUGGAGGUGAACCACGACCCCAUGAUCCCAUUAAGUCUUCCAAAUGAAAAUGUUUGUGCAGGCCAUGAGUUUGGAGCAUCUUAUUGGCCGCCCUCUCCACCAAACUCCGAGCCUCCAAGUCCAGACAGGAGCAAGGAGCUCCUUCACAACCUCCCCCCACCUCCCUCCUAUGGAGCCAGUAUUGCCUCCAAGUUAACUUUUCAAACUCCUAGAUCCAUUAAUCCUGGACAGACUUCCAGCUUGCCUCUGAUUCAAGAUCAAAAUUACGCCGCUAGAUUAAUUCAAAAUCCAGAGGCAAUAAUGGUCCAGCAUUCAAACUUGGGAUCUGUUCAGACAACACCAGGUGUUGAUCCACUGUCCCCGGUGUUGGCACAUUCAUCUCCAGCCAUGUACAAUCGGAGGAAUAAUCCUGAUCUAGAAAAGAGGAGGAUUCACCACUGCAAUGUCUCAGGGUGUAUAAAAGUCUAUACAAAGUCAUCUCAUUUAAAAGCCCACAUACGGACUCACACAGGUGAGAAGCCCUACCGGUGCUCCUGGGAAGGCUGUGAUUGGUGCUUUGCUCGUUCUGAUGAGCUGACGCGCCAUUUCAGGAAACACACCGGGGCAAAGCCUUUCCAGUGCGGCGUGUGCAGCCGUUGUUUCUCCCGCUCAGAUCACCUGGCCCUCCACAUGAAGAGACACCAGAGCUAGGGCAUCUUCAAAAAGAACAUCCUGUUUGCUUUAGGGUUUGACAUAUCACAUGAAAAAAA